AUGUUCAGACGACUGUGUGAGAAAGGAGAGGUCCGGGACCACAGCUGCUGCAGCGGACGCGACAAAAUCAACCUUGCCCAGAUCCUGAACCUGUCUCUGCACGAGGCGGAGCAGCAGCGCGUGCGCGAGGCCGCUGCGGAGCGGCAGCGGGAGGCGGAGGGCCGGGAGCGUCUGCGGGCGCUCAACGCCGCGCAGGAGGAGGUACUGCAGCUCCACCAGCUGCUGGAGCCCGCCAACGCCUUCAACCACGCCACCAUCAUCACCCGCGGCAACCAGCUCUGCGCACAGAUCCUGGACCUGUCUCUGCACGAGGCAGAGCAGCAGCGCGUGCGCGAGGCCGCUGCGGAGCGGCAGCGGGAGGCGGAGGGCCGGGAGCGUCUGCGGGCGCUCAACGCCGCGCAGGAGGAGGUACUGCAGCUCCACCAGCUGCUGGAGCCCGCCAACGCCUUCAACCACGCCACCAUCAUCACCCGUGGCAACCAGCUCUGCGCACAGGUCUCCGCUGUGUUAUACGCCACAGAAGAGGUCAGUUGCAGACAUGUACCAGAGAGGCUUUAUGGGUAUUACGAGAGACAAAGCUCCCGACUUUUUCUGGGUGGUACUGUCCACUAAGUUGCGCCAACGGAGGAGUGCCGAGGCUGUUAGAAUGAAUGGGGUCCUAUGGAGCUCCACCAUGCUGCCGUUGCUUGGGAGAGAAUCGUUAUUAUGUUUUCAUUUUUCAUUUUCCCAAAGGCAGGAUAAAUUACUGCUACAAACAGCACUUAGUUUGAAUUUUUAAACUUGCCUUAUCUUUAUAAAAUACGCAUUUAUUUUCAAUAUUACGUCACAAGUGGCUUCAGACACUGCGGUUGGAUUGGUCGACCGGCUGCGUGAUCAUGACUGCUGUAAAGCAGUUUCGCUCGCAAAAUGUUCAGAGACUCUCAGUGGGAUUGAGGACUGGACUAUGAGCGGGCCAUUCCAGUAUCAUAGUUUUAGUGUCCUUGAAGAACCUCUGUAACCCAAGGUAAACAUUUUAAUUAGUUCAAUGUUGUUGGAGGACCCAGCAAUCCAGAUUCAGACCCAGACUCCCUGAGUCUGAGGCUGAAUAACAGUCUUAAGAACUAGA